CAAAGCCAUGAUGUAGGAUGUGAAGACUGAUCUGAAAGAUUUGCUCAGCCAUGCGGAGAUCCAUAUGUCACGACUGGCUUCCUUCACCACUAACGGAGAUAAUCUUUCACAAAUACAAACAGGAUCUUCAAGAAGAAGGUCUUUUACACAAGACAGUUUCUUUAGGGACAUGCAAGGGGAAUCGCAGGGUCGAAGAAGCAGUUUGCAUACUAGGCCUUUUUCUUAUAAUCAGAAGAGUUCUGCAAUCAAACCUGGAAAAACAAAAGACAACCUGCAUUUUUCUCUUGAAAAUAGCAACCUCAGAUUUGGAGUAAUUCCGCAAGAACUUCACUACAGGCUUCUUGAACUUGAUGACUACAAGUCUAGGACCAUUGCUAUAGAGGAGCUAAAAUACCUCAUUCAGGACUUUGACUUUAGCUCAGUGGUGCAUUCAGAUGUGGUUGGACUCAAGUUUUUGUGCAACUUAUUAGAAUGAUAAAACUUUACAGUUGUGCACAUCACAUUAGAUGUUCUUAAUUGUUUAGUCAUCAACCGCCAAGGUGUGGAUGAAUUUCUUCCACAUGUUGUAGCUUCCACAGUAAAAGUCCUUGGGGACAGUAAGAUAACUAUUAAACAAGAGUACAUGAAAAUUUAUAUGAGACUAAUGAAAGUGGUUGGACCAUUCAAAGUGUUGACUAUAUUGCUUGAACAUCUAAAGCACAAAUACUCCAGAGUGAGGGAAGAAGUUGUCAACAUUUGGAUUAUUUCAUUAUUGACUUACCCAAGUGAAGAUUUCGUCUUGCCAUUUUUAGCAUGUGAAAUUGCUCCUUGUUUAAUAGAUAGCAAGAGAAAGUGUCGCCAUGCUGCCUUAGAGGCCUUUGCUGUCUUGGCUGCAAUCUAUGGCCAGAAAAAAAGUAGUCUCCUUAAGGCUGUAGAUGCAGUAGAGCUUCUAGAAAAUGGUGAUGGCUAUAAUGCAGUUCAAGCAAGACUUGCGCGGAAAACCCUUCCCAGAAUAACACCUCAAGGUUUGAUAGAAUAUGCGCUUCCAUGUCCAUCAUCUGCCCAGACAAGAAGUACUCACCACUUACCUGGAGCAGAUACAAACUGGCUUUUGACAGGCAAUCGUGUUCAAAGUGCACAGUAUCAUUCUGGUGACCAUACUGGAAGAAAUAUUGUCCCUCACAUAGAUCCUGUUGCUCGAAGGAUCCUUAGUGCAGGGAAAGGAAAAAAUAAACUACCUUGGGAAAAUCAGUACCCUGGAGCCUUAGAUGUUUUUCCAGGAAAUCCAACUCCUGUUGUGUUGCAGCCAGAGCAGUGCUCCUCUCGGUUUGAUGGGCACCAUACACCUAUUGUAAAAACACCUAUAGCGAAAACCAAAACUUCUGCUAGCAAUACAUCGCCUGAAAAUCCCACCAAUAAUGCUAACCAACCGGCUGUGCCUGCACCAGCUUUACUCCCGGCAGUAGCUCUGCCUCCUCAUUGUUCCGGGGCUUUUUUUCCUCAGGAAUGGGCAGGAAAAAAUGAAUCUCCAAUUCGGUUAAAAGCUGCAAUGGUGAGAGUUCCAUCUGCUCGAAAAGACCUUAACAGAACUCGACCAGUUCCUCCUAUAACUAAAAUUGCUCCUUUGUCUCCAAGUAACGGUAUUGUUACUAGCAACCAAGUAAAUAACCAGAGAAAAAUAACUGAAAAUACUCUAGAAGACGAAAAACUUGGAAUUGAUCUUUCAGAUCUAUGCUUAAAAGAUGACGAGGAAGAUGACCCUGAAGAGAUGAAUAGUUCUCUUCGCAAUGUACGAAACAGCGCAGCUAAGAAAAGAGCUAAGAUGACCGGCAGCUUGUCAGACCUGGAUAGCCCUGACUCUAUGAAAAUGGAACUAAACUUGGACUCUCCAACUAUGACUUCUUCUCCAACCAAUGUCUCUUACAGCGAAAGUGGAGUCUAUAGCCGGGAAUCUCUUGCUUCGCCAACGUCUCCUGUGCUGCAUAUGAGGCAGAUAUCUGAUGUGACUUCUAUUCCUAAAUCAAAGGCGCGACCCCCUAGACUUCCAUCUCCCCGAAAUAAGGAUACUUACAAAAAACUAGAACAUCAUCAUCAAGGAACAUCUACUCAAGAGAAACCAGUGAGAGUAGUCGGACAACGUAUGCAUUAUAGAAAUGGCAUCAUAGAUGCUGAAGAAGAUCAUACAAAAGAGCUGUCUCUUGGCCAUACAAAACAUCAGCCCAAAGACCAACAGAAACCUUUAAAACCUAUGAAAGGAAUUACUGGAUCAGCCUCAAGUUUUCAGCAAAUCAGUUCCUAUGAUUAUGACUGGACACAUUCAGAAGGUUCAGUUGCUAUAGUUGGAAAGGGUGUGUUUGAAUAUCCUUCACCUGUUUCUCGGACACACAGCCAGUCCUCGUAUACAGCUGCUGAGGACCAGAGUGCUGUAAAGCAAAACAUUCAACCCCCAGCUGGUAUCUAUGGAAGAGCAGUGCAGCAAAACAAUUCCACUGCUGAAAUUGAUACAAAAGUCACCAUGUCAAAAUCAGCCAGAGACAAGAUGAGGCAGAAGAAAGAAUGUAGCAUAAAGGAAAUCGUAGAAAUCAAGGAUUCUGAAAAGAAAGACCUGGUUGCAAAAGAACAACUCCACCAUACUGACCCUAGUCCUGUGAUCACAGAAAUAUGGAGAUCAAAAUCUGACUGCGCAGAAAAUGUAGUUGAAAUAAGUCCCCCAACCCUAAAAAGAACAUCCAGCUUAAAACAUUCCUCAGUGCAGAGCCAAUACAGAGACCGAAAACCAUCCAUCACCCGUAGUUCUGAGGUUAUUGACUCUUCUGUGCUUAAAGAACUAAACAAGCCUGAGAUCUCGGUGGCAGAAGCUUUAAGAUUGAUGUCUGAUGAUGAUUGGGAAAAGAAGAUUGAAGGGCUGACUUUAGUUCGCAGUUUGUCUACCUUCCACUCUCAUUUGGUGAUCGAGAGGCUUCAUGACCUGAAACUUGCCGUAACGCAUGAGGUAAAGAAUUUGCGUUCCAGUGUCUCCAGAGCUGCUAUCAUCUGCUUAGGAGACAUGUUCAUUUACUUUAAGAAGAACAUGGAUUAUGAGCUAGAUAACUGUGUCAGAGUGCUACUGCACAAGGCUGGAGAACCCAACACAUUUAUUCGAGAGGAUGUCGAUAAGGCGCUUAAUGCAAUGGUACAGAAUGUGACUCCGGUUCGUGCUCUCACAUCCCUCAUAAACGGAGGACUCAGUCACUUAAAUAGUGUUGUGAGAAAAUGUACAGCUCAACAUCUAUCUGAUUUAGUGGAGAGAAUGGGACCAGGACGUAUUUUAUCUGGAAUAAAGGAUAUCACAGAUCGGGUUCUUCCUGCUAUUGUCAAGUUUGCCCAGGAUGGUUCUCAGGAAACAAGAUUCUAUGGCCGGAAGAUGCUUCAAUUUCUUAUGUCACAUCCUGAUUUUGAUAAAAUGCUGGAGAAGUAUAUUCCUACAAAGGAUUUAUCUUACCUAAAGGACUUAAUUAGAAAUAUACAGCAAAAGGGUAUAGGGGAGAUCCAAGAUGCUCCAUCAGCUCGGGGAAGACGCUCGUAUCACGGCAGUGUUAGCAGCCUGAGAGCUUCAUCUGUGUCACAGAAUACUCACAGUGCAUUAGAAAGAUGAGUUCUGGUCAUAAUAAGAUGAUGUUUCCAUGACAAGUUAACGGAUCUCUUUUAUGGUUAAUUAAUGAAGAAGAUGAAGAAAAUCAACACAUCUGUGUGGAUUUCUCAAUGGACCACAAACCUUUUCCUAAACCAGCUUACAAACAACUAAUAUGGUUACUGCUUCACCACAAUAUUGCCAUAUUACAGUUCGCAAAAAAGAAAUCUAGGCCAUUUAUUCCUAAAUAAUUGUAAAAAUAUUCAAAGUGAAUAAUUUAUAUAUACUGUAUGAUAAGUUUUUUUUUUUGUAGAAUUAUUAUUUGAUACAAAUAUUAAGGUUUUACAGUGAUUAGUUUUAUGACUAAUCAUCAUCCAUAUAUUUGGUACAGUGUUAUAUAAGCAAUGAGUUGGCAUUGAUGCCCAAGUGUUGAAAACGCAUCUUCAAACAAAACGGUUAACAUAUUCUAUGUUAAAUAUAUCUAAGGAUUUAUUUUCCAUGUUUGUAAUUUAUUUGAUGUUCUUAAAUAUAGUUCUAAGAUUUAUAUUUGAAGAAGGAGAUUAAUUACUCGUAUAAGAAAGGGAAGUAAUCUAUCGUUAUAGGAAAGUCAUUUUAUAAUAUAUUGUUAAUGCCCCAUAAACUUUGUUGUUCUUCAAGACAUCUUAUUUAAAGCUGGUUUCAUAAUGUAGUUAGAAUAGAAAGGUUAGGCUACAUGAAUACAGCACAUGGCAGGAAUUACCCUAUAAUAUAUAGAUUGUAUUAUCUUCACUUGUUAUAUUUGCAAUUCUUUCUAUUACAAAUAUCAUAGAGAGUCUAGAUAAUAUCACAUUUGUUUUGCUGUCUUGGUGUCCUUUUUUGAAGAUCAUAUGUAGGUAGGCUUAGCAGCAAUGCACUGCUGGGAGAUAGCUGGUAAAUGCUGGCUGAAAUUUUUUUUUUUGUCAUUGUGGUUAUGUAGCUCCCUUAGGGCAUUGCCCUGGGUCAGCAACAAAGGAUACCAAAAGAACAAAGCUAAUUUGAUAAUAGAAGAUAUUUGGAAUGUUGAUUAAAAUUGCACGCUCUACCUUUAAGCUUUUUAUACAAGAACAUUUCCAGCGUUUAAUGCAAUAAAAUUACUGAAGAUAUUCAUAUAUCAUCAGGGUUUUAUUGGCUAAGGGAAACAAUAAUAUUUUUUGAUUUUCAUGAGAAAUGUACUUACGUUUCAGGUCCUUAGCAGUUGCUGAAUGAACAUGUAAAUUUAUAAAUGACCUUUUAAUAGAGGCAUACAUUUCCUACAUAGCUAUAAAUCUUAGAAAUCAAUUUUGCAUAUACAGUGUAAUCCAAAAAUGAAAAAUAAUUUUUGCGGAAAAAGCCACUACAAAUAUUUUCACCUUUCUUCAAAUCUUUUAACUGCACCUGAAACAAACACUACCAAUUUGGGACUGAAAUUCAGGGUUUGCAGGACUGUUCCAUGCAAUUGGGAGGGAAUCUGCUUCCUGGUAAUUUAAUAAUUGUAUGCUAUCAUUACACAGUGUGUACAGGAAGAACGCAUUUGGGUAAUAUGGAGAUGAGUGACGCAGUGUAUCACACAAGCACAGAGCACCACAUUUGGCAGCAUGGUGUUAUUAAAUAAGCAAAUGUUUUCCAAA